CCUCCUCGCCAUCCAUCCUCACCAUUACUAUCACCGAUUACCUUGACCUUUUCCCCUACCCGUCAUCAUGGUCAGGGCAAAAGGAGGCGAGGUGCAGCGGCCUUCGUCCAUCAUCGAGGAAGGCGGCUUGAGGCAUCGUUCUCAGGCUCGCGGUCUGCUCAACACCUCCAACCUCCCCGCACUGCAGAAUCUGCUCAAGCGGGAUCCAGAGGCAUACACCGACGAAUUCAAGCAGCAGUGGAAUCACUACCAGAGCCUGCGCGCCAUCUAUGCUGCCAACAUUGGCGCGGGGGUGGGAGCCGAAGCGCCCGGUACCAGUGCAGCAGUCGUAGGUGGACAGACGACCAAUCGCAUGGGCAAGGAGCAGGAGGACCGAUUCAGGGAGCUCCUGGCAUUCGUCACCCAGCUCGUGCCAUCAUACCCUACACUUACCAAGGGCUUCCCGCAAGAUCUCUCCAACCUUGUCAUCAAGCACCAUGCCAGUCUCAGCCCUGAUCUUAGACACUCUGCUGUACGCAGUCUUGUGCUUCUGAGGAACAAGGACGUCAUUGGCAGUGAAGAGCUGCUGCGAACGCUCUUUCCCCUCCUCUCCAUCACUACCUCUUCCUCUCUUCGUUCGCUCAUUCAAGCUACCAUCCUGGGCGACAUCAAGAAUGCUAACCGCCAGUCUCAGAAUCACCGACUCAAUCGUGUCGUCCAAGGUCUGCUCUUCGGUGUCAUCGAAGAGGGUAUGAAGGGUGAAGCCGACGGCAUGCAACACCAGGCAGACAAGAAGCGGGCGGAGCCAAAGGGCAAGAGUCAGGCGUUGUGGGCCGUAAGACUCGCGGCCGACCUCUGGAGGAAGAACAUCUGGAACGAUGCAAAGACGGUCUCGCUCCUCGCUCUGGCCUGCUUCCACCCUCACCCUAAAGUGCAGACUUCUGCUGUCCGCUUCUUCCUUAACGAUCUGCAUCACGCGGAGGAUGGAGGAGAGACUGAGUCAGACUCAAAUGACGAGCCCGAGAUUCCCGACAUCUCGAAGCUGAAGCAUCAGCGCAAGAUCAACAAGAAGUCUCGCUCGGGAGACAACAAGGUCCGAGCUGCUGCUGCUUUGGCCAAGAAGCGCAGGAAAGAGAAGGCAGCCAAGGGUGAGGAGGGCACGACCAAUUUUGCAGCUCUCUACCUCCUCAAUGACCCACAGACCUUUGGCGAGAAGCUGUUCGAAAACUUAAGCCGGGGAGACAAGCGCCAUCCCAUCGAGGUCAAGAUCCGCCUGAUGCAACUGCUCAGUCGAGUCAUGGGCGCUCACAAGCUUUGCGUGCUGUCCUUCUACAGUUACAUCGUCAAGUACCUCGCUCCGCACCAGCUCCACAUUACCCUCAUCCUUGUCUCUCUAGCGCAAUCGGUACAUGCAGAGACCCCACCCGACAUCCUCACACCAGUGAUCAGGAAGAUUGCCGACUCCUUUGUGCACCCUGGAGUGGGUCCGGAGGUAGUCGCUGCAGGUGUCAAUUCUGUCAGGGAGAUCGCUCGCCGUCAGCCCUGGUGCAUGGAGGAGACUCUGCUUGAAGACUUGAUCAAUUACCGAAAGAGCAAGGACAAGGGUGUGGCUGCUGCUGCUCGCGGUCUGCUGCAGCUCUACCGUGAGGUGAACCCGGGCAUGCUCAAGAAGAAGGAUCGAGGCAAGAGUGGCAGCUUGGCCAUUCAGGCCGGCAAGGGUCCACGCGCCUAUGGUGCACCCGAGCAAGGUACCGAGGGCAUCCAGGGUCUCGAGCUACUCGAGCAGCACUACGAGGAUGAGAAGGCCAAGCGUGCUGAAGCUGGUGAGGAGAGCAAUGAAGAAGACGAGGAUGACGAAGCGGGCUGGAAGGACUGGGAGCUGGAGAGCGACUCGGACUCCGACGACAGCGAUGACUCUGGCGGUUGGAUCAACGUCGACUCUGAAGGCGACUCGGACUUCGACGUCGACUACAGUGACUCAGAAGACGGCAAAGAGGGUGCAGACGGUAGCAAGGCCAAGACUGAGGGUCUAUCGGCCAAGGAGAGGGCUGCUAUCGCUCGAGAGAAGCGUCGUCAAUUGCGUCACAAGCGUCAAGCCCGUGCUCAAAGCGAUGCCACUGGCGAGCAGAGUGGCUCGGAGAGCGACGACGAAGACGAGGAUGAGGAAGAGAAUGGUGAAAAGGAAGGAGGUGCCGUCGAGGAGGAAGAAGCCAAGAUUUCUGCCCUCGCCACUUCUCGGAUCCUCACACCCGCCGACUACGCCAAGCUCAACGAGCUCCGUCUCGCCGCGGCCGAAGCUGCCGUCUCUACCGGUGGGCGUACAGGUGCAGCAGCCAAGCGUGACCUUGCCUAUCUCAAGGCUCGCAAACGUGAAGCUGGUGGGCGAGAAGACGACCUCGCCUUCCUAGACGAAGCAGACAUCCUCGGCCCUCGUAAAAAGGCUAAGGCCGACUACCAAGAACGUAUGGCUUCCAUUGCCAAGGGUCGUGAAGAUCGUGAAAAGUUUGGAAGUAAAAAGGGUAAAAAGCAAAAGGACAAGACUUCUUCUACUACUAAUGAACAAAAGAGUAAAGGAAAGAACUUUGGAAUGGUAAGCAAGUCGUGGGCUGUAAGGAGUAAGAAGAAGGCUAGUUUGAGAGAGAAGAGUAGGGCGCUUAAGAAGCACAAGGAGAAGCAGGCAAAGAUGAAGGGAAAGCACUGAGAGGAGACGGUGCUGUUGCGUCACAUUUGCCCUUUGCGGAUCUAUCUCUCGUACACUUGUUAUCAAUGGUCAUUGUUCAUCUCAUUUCAUGCUUGAGGAGCGACUCAUCACCUUCGAUCUUCUGGCCGAGCGCCAUAAUCGCCAUAAUCAUCACCGUCUU